AUGUCCGACCCAUCCACUUUCAAACCAGUGUACCAGUCCAGCAGCGGAAUCGGAGGGUUUAACCUCUUGGAUCCUGCUGACCUUUCUUUUGCCUUUGACUAUGAUCAUACCGGCUCGCUGGACCACGUUGUCCUCUACCAACCCGGUGCGGGUACCAUAUGGAUUCUGAAGAACGACAAAGGGACGUUCAGUCCCGUUUACGCACAAGGUGCACCCGGUAAUGGCAUUGGUGGAUACGACCUUGCGUCGACCGCUGACCGUGUAUUCGCAUUCGAUUACGACCACUCCGGGAAACUCGACCACCUUGUCCUUUAUCGCCCCAACACCGGCAUCGUAUGGAUCCUUAAGAAUAAUGCUGGGACCUUCAACCCAGUUUUCCAGUCCAGCUCUGGGAUCGGAGGGUUUAACCUUUUGGACCCUAACGAUCACGCCUUCGCCUUCGACUACGACCGUUCCGGCAAGCUCGAUCACCUCGUCUUCUAUCAACCUGGUGCUGGUACCAUAUGGAUUCUGAAGAACGACAAGGGCACAUUCAGUCCCGUUUACGCACAAGGUGCACCCGGUAAUGGCAUUGGUGGAUACGACCUUGCGUCGACCGCUGACCGUGUCAUCGCAUUUGAUUACGACCACUCUGGGAAACCUGACCACCUUGUCCUUUAUCGCCCUAACACUGGCAUCGUAUGGAUCCUCAAGAACGAUUCUGGGACCUUCUCCCCAGUUUUUCAGUCCAGCUCCGGGAUCGGAGGGUUCAACCUCCUGGACCCUAACGAUCACGCCUUCGCUUUCGACUACAACAAGAAUCGUAAGCUUGACCACCUCGUCUUUUACCAGCCUGGUGCGGGUACCAUCUGGAUCCUGAAGAACGUGAAAGGGACAUUCAGUGCCGUUUAUGCACAGGGUGCACCAGGCGUUGGAAUAGGUGGUUAUGACCUUGCAUCCACUGCAGACAGGGUCUACCCAUUCGCCUAUGGACACGGCCUCGACCAGGCCUAUCUUGUUCUUUAUCGUCCCAACACUGGGAUCAUCUGGAUCUUGGAGAACAACAAUCCUAAGGAUUAG